AUGCUGCAGUCUGCUGUGGCUGAUACCUGUCAGCAGGUAUCGGACUAUCUGGCUGAGAUGGGACUUCCGUUUGAGGCAAAUGAGAGACUGAUGCGAAGUCUCAGUGCCAACACUAGGGGAGGGAAUUUCCUGCGUGGCAGGACUGUCAUUGAUACCGCUUGGAUACUCCAAGGUCACACUCUCUCCCCGACCCAGAUUGAGGAUAUCACAAUGCUCAGCUCCCUUAUCGAGCUCCUCAACGCUGCAUUUCUGGUUUGGGAUGAUAUAAUGGAUGGAUCUUCAACCAGGCGUGGCCAGCCAUGCUGGUACCGCCGAGAGGACGUUGGUAUGGCUGCCAUUAAUGAUGGCCUCCUCUUGAAAUCUAGCAUUUAUGUUAUUCUCAAACACCGUUUUCGCGACCAUCCAGCAUAUGUAGACCUCAUGGACAUAUUCGCCGAAGCGUCCCUGCAGACCGAGCUCGGACAACACUGCGAUGUCCUGGCUUCAGCAGGGCAUUUGGAGCGGUUCACCUGGAAACAGUAUGACUUUAUCACUGCGAAGAAGACCGCCUUCUACUCUAUAUACCUUCCAAUAGCAAUCCCUUUGAUUUAUCUUGGUCUGGCAACUCCCACAAGACUCAAAGAAUCAUACGAUAUCUCUAUGAUGAUGGGACUUGUUUUCCAAAGCAGAGAUGACUUCCUUGAUGUCUAUGGCGAUGCCAAGGUCACUGGGAAAGUUGGAACCGAUAUACAAGAGAACAAGUGCAGCUGGCUUUCAGUGCAAGCCAUGAUUCAUUGCGACGCCGAACAAAAACGGGCUCUCAUGGACAGCUACGGUAGCCAAGAUCCUGCCAAUGUUUCAAAAGUGAAGGCUAUUUUUGAAGCUAUUGAUCUCCCCAAGUUGUUCCGAGUUUGGGAUGCUGAAUUGGUUGCGAAAGUGCAGGCUAUGGUCGAAGGGGUGACAGACCCAAUGAUCAGAGAAUCUUUUUUGGCGCUCAUGUCGAAAUAUUUCGAAGACCCUCGAAGGCAUCUGCCCUAA